AUGGACUCGCCGGGCUCAGCGUACACUCAGUUUGGCUUUGACCUCUUCAAAGAGCUGAAUAAAACAAAGGACGGCAACAUCUUCUUUUCUCCCGUCGGUAUGUCAACUGCCGUUGGCAUGCUUCUCCUCGGGGCCCAAGGGGCUGCCUCCGUGCAGUUGCAGAAGAUGCUUUGCUCUUCAAAAGACACAGGGAGCUCAAGAAUUAAAAAUGAAGACAAAGAGGAGGCGAGACAUAUUGAGAAGACGGAAGAGCUACAUCAGAGAUUCCAAAAGGUUCUGAGUGAGAUAAGCAAACCCACAAAUGAUUAUGAACUGAAAAUAGCCAAUAGGCUCUUUGGAGAAAAGACUUACCUCUUCCUUCAAAAAUACUUGGAUUAUGUUGAAAAAUAUUACCAUGCUUCUAUGGAGACUGUUGACUUUGUCAAUGCAGCAGAUGAAAGUCGAAAGAAGAUUAACUCCUGGGUGGAAAGCCAAACUAAUGAAAAAAUCAAGGACCUGUUUUCGGAUGGCUCUAUAAGCAACGCCACCAAGCUGGUGGUGGUGAACAUAGUUUAUUUUAAAGGGCAAUGGGACAGGGAGUUUAAGAAAGAAAAUACCAAGGAGGAGGCAUUUUGGCUGAAUAAGACUCUGAGUAAAUCUGUGCCAAUGAUGACACAGCACGAUUCCUUCAGCUUCACUUUCCUGGAGGACUUGCAGGCCAAGAUUCUCGGGAUUCCAUACAAAAACAAUGACCUGAGCAUGUUUGUGCUGCUGCCCAAUGACGUUGACGGGCUGGAGAAGAUUAUAGACAAACUGACUCCCGAGAAGUUAGUCGAGUGGACGAGCCCGGGGCAGAUGGAGGAGAGGAGCGUGAGUCUGAGCUUGCCUCGGUUUGAGGUGGAGGACAGCUAUGAUCUGGAGGCUGUCCUGGAGGUGCUGGGGAUGGCAGACGCCUUCGGGGAGCCCAGAGCCCCCAGUUCGGGUGUGCACUCCCCCGCGGGACUGCACGCCCAGAAGUUCCUGCACAAGUCCUUUCUGGUGGUCAAUGAGGAAGGCACCGAGGCGGCAGCUGGCACUGGUGUGGACUUUGUGGUCACGUCAGCCCUGGGCGACGAAAGUUUCCACUGCAGUCACCCUUUCCUGUUCUUCAUCCGACAGAAUGACUCGGACAGCAUCCUCUUCUUUGGCCGAUUUUCUUCCCCUUAGUGCAGCUGAUUUGCAGAAAUCCAGUCCCGAGCCGGCGCUGGCUGCUGGCUCCUCACCUGUGACCAGGACAUCCCACUCUUCAACAUGUGUUUUCUCUGCAUUCCAA